ACCCCCUCACCGCAAUUCAAACCCUAGUUUCGCUCCUCCUUAGCCAUCUGCUCGCUCGUCAGUGCUGAAUCGCGCCUGUUGCUGUAUCCCAUCUAGCGCAUUGGGUCUGCGGUUCAUAAGAUUUUCGUUGCUUGUCUCCAUGGCUGAUCACGAUAGCAGCGACCGUGGGAAAAAGAGAUCUGCUGAUGACAUCACCGGCCCAGGAGUCGUGUUUCGGCUUCUCAUCCCGGCCAUCAAAAUGGGGCCUAUUAUCGGCAACAAGGGCGCAAACAUAAAGAGCAUUCGCGACGACUCGGGAGCGCGGAUCAAGAUUACCAAUUCGGCUGUGCGGCUGGAAGAGCGAGUGGCGAUCGUGUCGUCGCGCGACCCGCCUGGCACCGUGCCCACAUGCGCGGAGACGGCCUUUUUCCGCCUCUACCCCUUCGCGCUCACUCCGCACAAGGACAGCGGCGAGGAGGUGGUGCUGAGCCUGCUGGUGCCGGACUCGCAGGCGGGCGUGGUGCUGGGCAAGGGCGGCGCAUCCAUCAAGGAGCUGCGCGAGGCGUCGGGCGCGCACAUCCGCAUGGACCCCUACCGCGGGGCGUACGCGCUGCCGCACGACCGCCUCCUGCAGAUCACGGGAACCGAGGAGCAGGUGGAGAGCGCAGUGAAGGAACUGGCGAACAAGCUCAGGGAUCACACUCCCAAGGAGAGUCUGGCGGAGCUGGAGGGCACGGCGGGCCCCACGCGGCAGAUCCCCAUGGUGGCGUACGACGCCAUCACGCAGAUGCCCGCGCACGCCAUGCUCGCACAUGCCUCCGCCGCGCCCAUGCCCUCCUGGACCCUGCCGCAAGUCGUCGUUCCCGUGCACGAUCCCUAUGCCAAGCGGCGUCGGACGCAAGACGAGCCCCCGGUGGUGCCGAUAGGCGCGUCGCUGAGCGAGGCCAAGGUGCGCGCAGAGGUGCGCAUCGGCAGCGCGUCCAUCGGCGCCGUGCUGGGCCACGGCGGCCACACUAUCAAGAACAUCCGCAACAUCUCGGGCGCGAUUGUCAGAGUUGCCAAGUUGAGGGCGGGAGACACGAGCGACCGACUAAUAGAAAUCCAGGGCACACAGGCACAGGUGUCGGCAGCGCAGCAGUUGAUUCAGGCGUGUCUUGUCAACACCAACUAGUGUAGCGUUCAUUCAUGCAGGAGACCUGGCCGUCACCCACAUUCCCACCGAUGAUGCCUACUUACGGACUUAGGAAUCCUUGGUGGAGUUUGUUGGAAUAUAUAUUCUGCAGUAAUUGCUUGAAGUGUUACACUAGAAGUGUAGUGUGGAGGAAGUCCUUCGUAUCUGACGAGUCAAAGGGGUGCAGUUGCACUGGUUGGGAUGCGAGCCUUCAGUUUUAGGAACAUGCCAUUCGGCCAAUCACGACGAUCCGGCGAGGCGAGUCAACGCAGCUGCUGUCAAACAUAUUUGUAAAUGUUAUAAUAGGUAAGAUAGGUGCAUGCUCUUAGAGGGUACAACACUUGAACAAAAACAACCUGUAUGCCUCAUUCUAGUUC